GGGCUCGGCGCAGGCGGGGAAGCCAUCGGGCCCCGGUGUUGGUGCUGCCGCUGCCGCAUCCUGCCUGGGGCUGCCGGCAGCGCAGGCCUCGCGGCCCAGCUCAGCGCGCACAAACAAAUUAUUUUGCAUCAUGGCGACAGAUUCUAUGGAGAUUGAUGAUGCUUUAUAUAGUCGGCAGAGAUACGUCCUUGGAGACUCAGCAAUGCAGAAGAUGGCCCAAUCUAAUGUGUUCCUGAGUGGUAUGGGUGGCCUUGGUGUGGAGAUUGCUAAGAAUGUAGUUCUAGCUGGUAUAAAGGCUCUUACGGUUCAUGACACUAAGCAGUGCAAAAUAUGGGAUUUGGGAAGCAAUUUUUUCAUCCAUGAAGAUGAUAUUCUCAAUUUAAGGAACAGAGCUGAGGCGGCACUUCCUCACAUUGCAGAACUCAACCCAUAUGUCCAUGUUGUGUCAUCAACUGCACCACUUGAUGAGACCACAGACCUAUCUUUCUUAAAACAGUAUCAGUGCGUCAUACUGACUGAGAUGAGGCUGUCACUGCAAAAGAAGAUUAAUGAUUUUUGCCAUAGUCAACACCCACCUAUUAAGUUUGUCAGUGCGGAUGUCUAUGGAAUAUGUUCACGUUUGUUUUGUGAUUUUGGUGAUGAAUUUGAAGUGCUGGAUACAACGGGAGAGGAACCAAAGGAAAUUUUCAUUUCAAACAUAACACAGUCAAAUCCUGGUAUAGUUACCUGCCUUGAAAACCAUCCUCACAAGCUUGAAACUGGACAGUUCUUAACCUUCCGGGAAGUUAAUGGAAUGUCAUGUUUAAAUGGAUCCACACGUCAAAUAACAGUGGUUUCACCUUAUUCUUUCAGCAUUGGGAAUACUUCAGAUAUGGAGCCUUACUUACAUGGAGGCAUAGCUGUUCAAGUAAAGACGCCCAAAACAUUUUGCUUUGAUCGGUUGGAGAAGCAGUUAACAAAUCCAGCUUGCCUUGUUGCAGAUUUUAGCAAACCCGAGGCACCUUUGCAGAUACAUGCUGCCAUGCUUGCCUUGAACCAGUUCCAGGAAAAUUUUGGACGUGUACCAAACACUGGAUGCCUGCAAGAUGCUGAAGAGAUGUUGAAAACAGCAGCAUCUGUAAGUGAAACGCUGGAAAGCAAACCUCAGGUGAAUGAGAACCUAGUGCAGUGGCUCUCUAGGACUGCUCAGGGACUCCUUGCUCCUCUUGCUGCAACAGUGGGUGGCAUUGCUAGCCAAGAAGUCUUGAAAGCAGUAACAGGAAAGUUUUCUCCUUUGCAGCAGUGGCUGUACAUUGAUGCAUUAGAUAUUGUAACAUCUCUAGACAAGAUCAGCAGAUGUGAAGAAUUCAUCCCAAGGGGUGAUAGGUAUGAUGCCUUGAGAGCUUGCAUUGGAGACUCCCUGUGCAAAAAGCUGCAUAAUUUGAACAUUUUCUUGGUUGGGUGUGGAGCAAUUGGUUGCGAAAUGUUAAAAAAUUUUGCACUUCUUGGUGUUGGCACUGGGCAAGAGAAAGGCAUGGUCACAAUUACAGAUCCAGACUUAAUAGAAAAGUCCAACCUGAACAGACAGUUUCUUUUCCGACCCCACCACAUACAGAAACCUAAAAGCUCUACCGCAGCAGCAGCAACAUUGAACAUUAACCCCCAGGUGAAAAUAGAUCCUCAGCUUAACAAAGUAUGUCCAGCCACUGAGAAUGUUUACAAUGAUGAAUUCUAUACCAAACAAGAUAUAAUUGUCACAGCACUGGACAAUGUUGAGGCAAGGAGAUAUAUUGACAGUCGUUGCGUAGCAAACCUGCGCCCUCUGUUAGACUCUGGCACUAUGGGAACUAAAGGACACACAGAAGUUAUUUUGCCUCAUCUGACAGAGUCCUACAACAGCCACCGAGAUCCACCAGAAGAAGAAAUACCUUUUUGCACUUUAAAAUCUUUCCCAGCUGCCAUUGAGCACACAAUACAGUGGGCAAGAGACAAGUUUGAAAGUGCAUUUUCCCAUAAGCCUUCCUUGUUUAACAAAUUUUGGCAAACUUAUCCAUCUGCAGAAAAUGUCUUACAGAGAAUAAAGUCGGGGGAGAGUUUAGAAGGCUGUUUUCAAGUUAUUAAAUACCUCAGUCGUAGACCCCGAAAUUGGUCUCAGUGUGUGGAGCUAGCAAGAAUAAAAUUUGAGAAAUAUUUUAACCAUAAGGCUCUUCAGCUACUACAUUCUUUUCCCCUUGAUACACGAUUAAAAGAUGGAAGUUUAUUUUGGCAGUCACCAAAAAGGCCACCGUUUCCAACAAAAUUUGAAUUUAAUGAUCCUCUACACUACAGUUUCAUAAUAAGUGCAGCAAAACUCUUUGCAACAGUAUACUGUAUCCCUUUCUCAGAAAAGGACCUAUCAGAAGAAAGUAUUUUGAAGAUAACUUCAGAAGUAAAGAUACCAGAGUUCAGACCUUCAAACAAAGUUGUAGAGACAGAUGAAACUGCGCGGAAACCAGAUCAUAAUCCAGUAAGCAGUGAGGAUGAAAGGAAUGCUAUUUUCCAGCUGGAAAAUGCCAUACUAGCUAACGAAGCUUUGAAAAGUGAUUUGCAAAUGAAGCCACUUUCCUUUGAAAAAGAUGAUGAUGAUAAUGGGCAUAUAGACUUCAUAACAGCAGCAUCUAACCUACGAGCCAAGAUGUACAACAUCGAACCAGCAGAUCGGCUCAAAACAAAGCGCAUUGCUGGAAAGAUUAUUCCUGCCAUUGCAACUGCUACCGCUGCAGUGUCUGGCUUGGUUGCACUGGAAUUGAUCAAAAUUGUGGGUGGCCAUCCAUUUGAAGCAUACAAGAAUUGCUUUUUUAACUUAGCCAUUCCAAUAAUAGUGUUCACAGAAACUGCUGAAGUAAGAAAAACAGAAAUAAGAAAUGAGAUAUCGUUUACCAUCUGGGACCGGUGGACUAUUUAUGGGAAAGAAGACUUUACUCUCCUGGACUUCAUAAAUGCUGUCAGAGAGAAAUACGGAAUUGAACCAACAAUGGUUGUACAGGGCGUCAAAAUGCUGUAUGUUCCAGUGAUGCCUGGUCACAUCAAAAGACUAAAGCUGACGAUGCAAAAGCUUGUGAAACCAUCAGCUGAUAAAAAAUAUGUGGAUCUCACAGUAUCAUUUGCUCCAGAAACAGAUGGGGAUGAAGACUUACCGGGCCCACCAGUUAGAUACUAUUUUACCCAUGAAAACAAUUGAUGAUAGCUCUGCUAACAUCACUCCAGGACCGUUUGCUUUGAAAGGAGUGUGCUAGGAUCAGCUUUUUUUUUUUUUACAAAAUGGUACUACGUAUUUCUUUUGGUGAAGCCUUAAUUGAAACAGAAAUAGUGGAAACCGGUGAACUGCACUGAAGAGCUCUAAGAAACUGGAUUUAUAUUUCACCUGUCCCUGUUCCCCUCAUAUGUGUCUAUUGCCAAGCAGGGUUGGUAGCUUUCUGAAAUGGAAUGUCAUGUAUAAUCCUUACUGCAAAGAAGAGAUUUGUGUUAAUUUAUGAGGGUGAAGGUGGGUGAGGGGCUGGCCUGGUAAGCCUUAUAGUUUAUGCUAUAUGCAAGGUAAGUAUUAAAGAGGGGAUGGUGCAAGAAUUGGGGAAAUUGCCAUCCUACAAUACUUCAUGUUCAAAAACAUCUUAAAGUCCUUUUCUCUUGGGACUUUCUUCUGAAGUUGGGAUUCCAGCCACAUCACUGAAACACUAGGCCAAAUUCAUCCCAGGUGCAACUGCCAUUAAAACAAAAUGAACUUCCCCAUUUAUGCUGUUGUUGUUCUUGUGAAAACGUAAGGGGACAACCAGUCAGCUGCUAUAAAUUGUCAUGGCUUUUUUUUUUUUUAAGUCAAACAAGCUACGGCAACUGAGUGUCUACACUGCAAUCAUACUCUGCUAUACUGCAGUAAUAAGGGAAGCUGAGCUUUACUGGAGAACGGUGCCAUUAAUCUCCAAAAAAAGCUCUUCUGCCUGAGGAAGGGGCAGGUGAAGCUGUGGCUACCUUUUUUUUCCCUCACUCUUCAUUAGAGUACACUGUAGCAAACCAUGACUUUCUGAAUGAGUUAGGGCAGGGAGGCACUAUAUGUACUUCAUACCAAACUUCUUGGUUUCUAAAUUCUUUUUUUUGGUGCCAUGCCUCUAUAGGGAAACUUUGUCAUAUAACAGUCUACAACACAACUCUAACAGACUAUUGAAUUUAUAUUAGCUUCAGCCUUUGCAUAAAUAUCUAAAGUAUGGCAGACCCAUUUAAUUCAGUAGAAGUAAUUAGGGAAGUAGUUUUUAGCUAUGGCAAUAGCUAAAGAGGUGAAAUACAGAAACAGCCAUGACAUUCUUUCUCAGCAUCUGCAUAUCAAAUGAUUGUAUUUUAUGAUUCUUUUCCAAUUAUAGAGAACUAAUACAAGUGACAUGGGAACAAAAAUGUAACCAACAGUUUUUUGUUUUUUUUAAACAGCUUACAUCUGCUACAAGUGAUGUAAAACUUGUUCCCCACUCUCUAAUCAAAUGUUAAUAAAUGAUUCCUUCUGGUAAGCAUCAGAGAUGCAUAACCUGCCACCUGAAAUACUGGAGAAUAAUCCUUGUUCUUUUUUCCUUUUCUCCGCAAUUUGUAUAUUCUAGGAAAAAAUCAUCAGGACUUUGGGCAUUUAAACACCAAAGAUAUGUUGAACCUAAAAGCUGGAAUCCACACCAUUUACUCCAAUAUUUGGGAAUUCAUCUUAAAUGUAGUCUUUCUUUUGGAAGCUGUACAUAUUUUUUUACAAUCAACAUAGCUUAAAGAUAUAAUUUUAUAGUUUUGGUUUAACAACCAGCUGGAUUAUUUAAUUUGUUUAGGGUUUUUUUGGGGGUUUUUUUUUACAACUUAAAAUUGUGAAAGGCAAAAAAAAUGAUAUUCAUAGAAAUGGAGAGGUGUACAAUUAACAGAAGGCAUAAACAGACAGAAUAUUUGUUUCUAAAUAAUGAGUGAAAUGUGUUGGCAGAGAAGUAUGAAUCCCAAAUAAAAUAUUUAAUUGAUAUAGGGAUAGUUUUUAUUUAAAUAUCUGGGACAAAACGCAAAGAGCUGUGAUCUCUAAAAGUCAGGAGCUGGGAAACAAUAAAAUGAGAUUUGAGUGACAAACUCUUGUUUAUGUACUCAGUAUGAAAGCAGUCUGGUAUGUUAGUUGAAUGUGGAUAUUGCACAGAAUACUUUGCGAAUAUGUGAUGUAUAGGCUACUCUUCAUUUGUGUGCUUUCUCACAAUUAACAGCCUUCAGGGUUAAAAGUAAAUAUGCAGGUGAAAAGCUUUUUGUUGAUGGCUUCACAUUUCCUGAUAGCAUUUUGUAAUGGGCAGUGUUGACACUUGAAAACAGGACUUGCUCUUGCAAGCUGUCCUUGCAUGGAGGCCAAAAAAAGCAAAACACAGAAAUAACUGCACACAGGCCUAACCAGUUUGUGUCCGCUGUUUGUUUGUGUGUUUGUCCCAAGGAAAACUGCUUACUUAGAUGAAUUUAAAGGCAUAUGUCAGCUAUGUAUUUUAAGUUAAUUGUUAUCUUGGGAUUUGUCUGAACAUAGGUGGGCUUUUAUACCUAGAUAUCCCAAGUACUUACUAGGAGUUUCAGACAGUUCACCUGACAAAGGAGAAUUUAUUUUUAUCUUUUCUGUAUUAACAACAAUGCCAAGUACUGACAAAGGGAUGAAUGUUAUUAUGAAUGAAAAUACACAGUGUGUAUGUUGGGGCACUUAUUCAGCACCCAGUUUAAGUCUGGAAAUUACCCAUAAUUCAAAACUACUAAAAGACAGAAUUUCAGUAGAAGAGUGCAUUCAAAGCUGGGCUAACAAACCUUGGAUUUUAAUAUGCAUGGCUGUAAAUUGAUAGAUCUUGAGAUCUUUAAGCAUCAUAGCGGCUUCACACACAAUUCAAGUAUAGUAUAAGUCAAAAAAAUGCUCUUCUUAAAUGAAACCUUGAUUUAUAACAUACUUAUUGUGUCUGAUAGAGCAAUGGUUCUCAACCUUUUUUUGUACCGGGACCCAUUUGUAAACACUGAUGGUCCGUCCCACCGUAGCCCCCCAGUGUGUGGGGCAGGGGGUGGGUGGGUGGGUGGGCCAGGGGAGCCUCAAGCAGCUCCUUUCAGGCUGGAACCCUGCCAGCCUGCAAGGGAAAAGUCACGUUUUCCCACGCUUUUCUCCUUUUUAAAGGAGAAUCCAUUUUUAAAGUUUGUUGAUCCAUUUUUAAAGUUUGCUUGUGACCCUUUCAUAUAUUGUUGUGACCCACUUUUGGGUCACGACCCAUGGGUUGAGAAAUGCUGUGAUAGAGGAAUCAUUUACUAUAAAUGCUUGGGGCACAGUGUAACAUUAGAACCUUCCCCACAGCCAAUCCUAUAGCAAGCCUUUUCUCUGUAAGAGUGAGUCAACUGCUUUUUGCUAGAACACUUGCUCUGAAUGAUUUUUCUCUAAACUAUUAUUCCUUGGAAAUAAAUGUGUGUUGGCAUAAAGACAGAAUUUUAAAUAGUCUGACUGAAAACCCCAUCUCUUCUUCAUCUGAGUCUCUCUACUAUUAUGUUGAAUACUCAUUAGUUCUUCUGUCACUGUGGACCCUGGCACAUUUGCACUAAUGUGUUGUUUUUUUCUACUAAUGAUGGGAACAUAGCGUACAUAAAAUGUCUACACCUUACCCAUACUCUGUGUAGGUCCUGACAACUGGGUGGCUCAAGUGCUAUGCACAGGGCAAGUGCCUUGUCUGUGAUCCCACUGUUUCUCCUUACUGCUGGAGUAGUAAUGGGGAAUUUUUGGGCUGGAGUGAUAGUAGCAUAGACUAAGAGGAAAAGUGCAAGGGGUUUUUUUUUUGUUUGUUUUAUACAUUUGCAUGCUAAAACCUAAGCUUUUUAUUUUAAACAGAGUUAAACUAUUUAUAUAAAGCUUCAAAAGCAUGUUUUGUAACCAUAGAUGCAGUCUCUCCUUGUACUUGCAGGAAAGAUUAAAUAAGAGCCAUUGUGGGCACUAGUCCAUUUCUCACCUGGAUACCUUUAACCCUGAACCCUAACUACAGUAAGGGCACUGACAGAAAGCACACUACAGCCGUGUGCUGGCAGAAGUGCAUGGGUGCAAAGCACUUUAAAAAAGUGCCCGAUCGCAUGACAAAUGAACCCUCAUUACAUCAGGGUUCAGAUGAAGGUGCUCCAAAGCAGAGUGCCUUCAUUAACUUCUGUUAGUGCACACCAGGAGCCAGGCUAGACUGAAGCCGUCUUCAGCAUGGGAGGUGGGGCGGGAAGGGAGGCAGUUCUGUCUGGGGUUUGCCUGGUCUAUACUGGAAGGGGGGAGGAGGGUGGAUUGGAGCCCGCCCCAAGGUGGGGGCUCCAGUCCACCCUCCCAAACCCCAGAAUGGACCCUGUCUUUUCCCCCUCCUAUCCUGAGACAGCACUAAAGCUGGGAGAGGAGAGGCAGGGCUAGGGGAAGAGGCUGCAAACACGCAGCUUCUCUUGCUGGAUCGGCCCAAAGUGGGGUUUGAUCCUCUACCCUCCAGAUCCAACAGCAAAUGUCUGUUGGGUCAGGAGGAUUGGUCUAAUUCGUGGCGCUUUCUGUGAAGCACCAUGAGUUAGACUGGGGAGCUGCAUGUCUGUCAGCACCCUAGGUGACAACAUGGACUAUGCCACUGCUAUUCAUUUUAGCUUACAAACAGAAUGAUUGUUUUCUUAAGCAAUUUGCACAUUGGAAGUUACACGUAAACAGUAAAGAAUAAUAGAAGUUCUCCUUUCAAGUCACAGCAACGUGCAGAUAGCAAUUUCAAAUAUUAAACUGCCUCUCUGAUUUAUUUCAAAGGACUGGUGCUCUAUGUUCUGAAAUGAUUAACCUUGAAUGUCUUCUGUAUAUGCAAAGUUACUGUAAUGCUAUGGAAAAUCAGUGUACAUUUCUGUGUCCUUUGAACAGUGUUCAAAGCAGUGCCUCCGUGUCUCUCUCUCUUUCUCUCUCUUCUCUACUGAAUAAGACUGACCUGGUUGCAAGGAGAAGGAUGGGAAUGUCUCUGAUCCAUUAAAAGGAGGCAUCUACCAUUCAUUACUCCAGUUUCUAGUGUAGAACUACUGUUGAGAUUUGUUUAGACGUAGAUGGCCAUAAAGCAGAAAGCUCUACCUAGCUAGGAGGAACUGGCCCACUUACAGAGAUGGAUCUUGCUGCUGUUAAAGUGGCUUCAAGUUCCAAGCAUUUACUUUGUAGCAGAUACCAGAAGUAGGGAAAUCUUUGCUGACUGCUUGUCUUCUGGGUGGAGAUCAAAACAUUUUGAUUCUAAACUAUCAAACUCUAAAAUGACCUUAGCUGAAGACUCUUUGCUUCGCACCCUCCCACCCCAUACACUGUUGCAACUGCUGAAGCUGAGAACCACCCCAGCCCCAUUUACUAAAAUUGGGAAUCUAAGACUGGUAGAAACAAACACGUGGUGAGAGGGCCCUUUUGAGAUUCACUUUGCCCACCUUGGUUUACGGCAGUCUGAACUUCUUAUGCUUUUGGAGGUUCUAAAGAGGUGGGGUGCUGAGAGGGUGUUCCUCCUCCCAUCUUGCUUUUAAGGAAGCUGCUCAUGCUUGGGGCUGGAGCCCUUGGAGAUGGACUUUGCUCUGUACAAAUGUUGAAGGCAUUCUAUUUCAGAUGCUGCAGUUUAUUUCACCAGCUUCCAGGCUUUUAUUUUUGGUGCACAGUAAUCCUGGAAUCAGGAGCCCGCAGCCAUUUCUGAGGCUGUAAAGACUUCUGUCAAGUAGGCAUGUGCCACAUAGUGUUUUGUUCCCGACCUGCAUUUGCAGCUCUAAAAGAGCUGGCUCGUGGUGUUUUCCAGCCUCUGAACUCGGUCUUAUGGUUUCUUUUGGUCUUUUGCCAAGAGGUUCUGAAAAAUGAAGAAAAUUGCAUGUUAGCUCUAGAAAAUGGAAGGUCAUCAUUAUAAAAAGCAUUCCAGUCUCAAGAGCCUCCUAGCAGAGCAUUCGCUUCUCCAAGCAUGGCUUCUCAGGACAAACUCUGCUUACUAGCCUUAUUGUAGCGCCUACAGACCCUGGUUGUCAGGAGUCGGGGCCUCACUGAGCUAGCCACGGUUAUUUCCAUAUUAUUUUGCCAUAACUUUGCCAUUACUUCUGUGUUGGGCUGGUCCCAGGUCCUGUCUACUCAUGGCAGUGGGAAAAGCUGGAAGAGGAGUUUAAAUAUUCAAGCUGCUUUGUGGGAAGAAGUGUGUCAUAACUCCUAAAUGCUACCCUUGGUUCUACUAGCAGAAUUCCGAGACUAGUUUGUAAUUGCCCACUUUUACUAUACACCACUCUCAAAGGCACUCACAAACCUUUGUAAAUUACCUUGUUUCCUAUGUCACCUCAGAUGAUGAUUAAAGCAAUUUCUAAAACUUG